AUGGGGAGAGCAGCGAGAUGGUUUAAGGGCAUUUUCGGUAUGAAAAAGAGCAAAGAGAAAGAGAACCGUGUUUCCGGCGACGGAGGAGGAGAGGCCGGUGGGUCCUUCAUUCACCGGAAACUACUCCAAGAGGAUUCUGUCUGGCUCAGGACCCACUUGGCAGAAACAGACAAAGAACAGAACAUACACGCCAUUGCGGUUGCUGCGGCCACUGCUGCUGCCGCAGACGCAGCGGUUGCAGCGGCUCAAGCUGCCGCCACGGUGGUCAGGCUAACAACUAACGGAAGAGCUGGAGGAUAUUCCGAGACCACAAUGGAACGGUGGGCCGCCGUUAAAAUUCAAACAAUCUUCAAGGGCUAUUUGGCGAGAAAAGCUUUAAGAGCGUUGAAAGGUUUAGUGAAGCUGCAAGCUUUGGUGAGGGGAUUUUUAGUUCGCAAACGCGCAGCCGAAACGCUUCAUAGCAUGCAAGCUCUCAUCAGAGCACAAACUAGCGUUCGAUCUCAACGCAUCAACCGCAACAACAUGUUACAUCGUCGACAUACUCUUGAGAAACCCGAUGAUUCAAGAAGCGAUAUCCAUAGCAAGAGAACAUCAAUCUCUGUUGGGAAACAUAACAACAAUAACAACACCUAUGAUGAGACCAGUCCCAAGAUUGUUGAGAUAGACACUUACAAGACGAAGUCAAGAUCAAGGAGAAUGAACGUUGAUGUAUCCGAACAUGGAGAUGAUUUUGAGUGGAGUUUUCAAGGAGAUAAAUCUAAGUUUCCUACGGCUCAAAACACGCCGAGAUUCUCUUCACCGGCGGCGAAUAAUCAUCACUACUAUUACACACCGCCUUCGCCAGCAAAGAGCGUUUGUAGAGACGCUGGUUUUAGACCAAGUAAUCCUGGUUUGAUGUCACCGAGUUAUAUGGCUAAUACGCAGUCGUAUAAGGCUAAGUUGCGUUCACAUAGUGCGCCGAGACAGCGUCCUGAUAGAAAGAAGUUUUCGCUUGAUGACAUUAUGGCGGCUAGAAGUAGCGUUAGCGGGGUGAGGAUGGUCCAAUCGCAACAAGAAAAACGCUCUUCUUAUGAUCGUCAGUUUCCUCAAGUCCCGCCGGAUUUAAGAUACUAUAAUUAGAAAGAAACGUCAUUUUCGUCCUUAAAUUUUCUUUAAAGAAGAGAUCGUCAUAGUCUUCGACUUUUCUUUAUU